AUGGGAACCAUUGAUACAACCAAGCCUAAUCUUGCUUCAAUGUUGCAUGAACGCAAAGCAUUUGAUGAAACCAAAGUUGGUGUCAAAGGACUUGUUGAUGCUGGGAUUAACAAGAUUCCAAGCUUUUUCCAUCAUCAACCUGACAAAUAUCACAAAUCCAACAACACAAACCAUGUUGUUCCUGUCAUAGACCUUGCAGAUAUUAUCGAUAAUAAUCAAGAUUCAAGACUAUUUUCUCUUGGCCAUUACUAUCCUCCAUGUCCUCAACCAGAAUUAACUGUGGGAACAACCAAUCAUUCUGAUAAUGAUUUUCUCACUGUGCUUCUCCAAGAUCAUAUUGGUGGCGUUCAAGUUCUUCAUCAAGAUAAAUUGAUUGAUGUUAAACCUGUGUCUGGGGCUCUCAUAGUUAAUGUUGGAGAUCUUUUGCAACUCAUAACAAAUGACAGAUUCAAGAGUGUUGAACAUAGAGUAGUUGCUAACCAUGUUAGUCCAAGAAUAUAUGUUGCAUGCUUUUCCUGUCAUAGGUCAUCCUCAAAGCUGUAUGGACCUAUGAAGGAACUUUUAUCAGAAGACAACCCUCCCAAAUAUAGAGAAACUACAGUUGCUGAUUAUGUAUACUACUCUGAAGCAAGAGGAUUAGAUGGUACUUCUUCUCUUACACAUUACAAAAUUUGA